CAGGCACUUGAAUAUAAUUAAUAUAAUUUGUUUUAUUUCGUAUCGACAGUUUGAGGAUAACACACUAAUCGGAUUCAGCCCGUUUGUUUUGUGUUUGUCCCUUUGAGUGGUGCAAGGAUGUUGUUUUUAUGACAUAUUUUUAUGUCAAAAUAUUUAAGAAGCAUAGGAGAUGACGACAGUAACGUCAGGCUUUACAAAAGCACCAGGGUUUGCAGACGAUGGCAACCAGUCCGACGAGGACUAUGUGCCCCUCUACGAUGACGAUGAACCAGAUCAGCGAACGGCACAGGAGACGAAAGGAUGGAAUUUGUUCCGAGAACUUCCUGUCAAGAAGGAGAGCGGCUCCAUGGCUUCAUCCGAAUGGAUAGACAUCAGCGUCAAGGCUCUCAAACUGCUUGCUUACAUACUAACAUUUAUAGUAGUGCUGGGCUGCGCGGUUAUAGCCAAAGGCACUUUACUAUUUAUAACGUCACAGUUGAAGAAGGGCCGCGAGAUUGUACACUGUAACAGAGCUUUAGCUUUAGAUCAACAAUUUUUAACAACGCUUACUUUAGAAGAGCGUGUCACAUGGCUCUGGGCCGCGCUUAUAGUUUUCGGUGCGCCGGAACUUGGAGUACUUCUUAGAUCUGUUAGAAUAUGUUUUUUCAAGACUGUAAAAAAACCAACUGCCACACAAUUUUUUAUCGCGUUCAUCGUCGACACGUUACACACGAUAGGAGUAGCAAUGUUGAUUCUCAUUGUUCUUCCCGAAUUGGACGUGGUAAAGGGCGCUAUGAUAAUGAAUGCCCUAUGCAUAGUACCAGGGUUUCUCAACGCGGUUACAAGAGAUAGGUCAGACCCUCGCUACUCCAUGAAGCUGAUUCUGGACGUGCUUUCAUUAUCUGCCCAAGCGACAGCAUUUGUUUUAUGGCCCAUGCAAAGCGAUAAACCAAUCCUGUGGUGCUUGCCUUUAGCAUGUGUUUUCAUAUCUCUGGGAUGGUGGGAGAACUUUGUGCGCGUGCCGGAUAAACAUUCACCAGUUUUCUACAUUUAUAUGUGCGACCUCCGCGACGGACUGAAGAAGUGUCGCUACUACAGCGAGAGGUUCCUAACUCUAUGGAAGCUAGUUGUGUUCGCGGGGUGCGCGAUGAUAUCGCUACACUUGCAAGACGAUGACCCUUUUUCGUUUUUCACGUCUAUCGCCACGGCGUUUGGUGAACGGAACUAUACCGCACAUGAGUUUCACGUGUUUCAAGAUUUACACACCGUGGACGACCUAAAUUUCCAAUUCACAAAUAAGGUCUUUACUCUUCCGGCAUCAUGGAGUUCAUCUCUCUGGGUUUCCCUGAUCCAAGUUAUAGCCGCUUACGUAUGCUACAUUAGCGCCAAGUUCGCGUGCAAGAUACUCAUACAGAGUUUCAGCUUUGCAUUUUCUUUGAGUCUCGUGGGGCCAUUCACUAUAAACCUUCUUAUUGUGUUUUGUGGCAUAAGAAACAUGAACCCAUGUGCGUUCUAUGGAACUAUACCGGAUUAUUUGUUCUUCGAAAUUCCACCAGUAUACACACUCCGAGAUUACUUGGGUCCCGGAAUGGCCUGGGUAUGGGUACUGUGGCUGAUGUCGCAAGCCUGGAUCUGCUUCCACGCGUGGCAGCCUCGCUGCGAGCGACUGGCGGCUACAGACAAACUGUUCUGUAAGCCCUGGUACAACGGCCCGCUCAUUGACCAGUCAUUAUUGAUGAACAGAACCCAUGACGAGGAAACCGAUAUAUCAUACGAGGAGCUGAAAGAAAAGAAGAAAGAACCAUCGGAAUCCAGUGAAGAUGGCGAUAAAGACGUCAGACCUACUGACAGCAUAACAAGGAUAUACAUAUGCGCGACGAUGUGGCAUGAAACAAAAGAUGAGAUGAUAGAGUUUUUGAAAUCCAUCUGCCGACUGGACGAAGACCAAUGUUCGCAUCGAGUCGCUCGCAAGUACUGGGGCAUCGUCAACAGCGACUAUUAUGAGUUGGAAGCUCAUAUUUUCAUGGAUGACGCUUUUGAAAUAUCAGACCACAGUUCUGAGGAAUCGCAAGUGAAUUCGUUUGUUAAAUGUCUGGUGAAUACUAUGGAUGAAGCGGCUUCAGAAGUACACGUAACCAAUGUCAGGUUAAGGGCUCCCAAGAAAUUCCCCACGCCAUACGGUGGCCAACUUGUUUGGACACUGCCUGGGAAGAACAAGUUAAUAUGCCAUAUGAAGGAUAAGGCUAAAAUAAGACAUAGGAAGCGUUGGUCGCAGGUGAUGUACAUGUACUACCUGCUCGGCCACCGCCUUAUGGAUCUGCCGAUCUCUAUCGACCGCAAAGAGGUGAUCGCAGAGAAUACCUACCUCCUUGCGCUGGAUGGAGAUAUCGACUUCCAACCGUCCGCUGUCACGCUGCUAGUCGAUUUGAUGAAGAAAGAUAAGAACUUGGGUGCGGCCUGCGGUCGUAUCCAUCCUGUUGGCUCGGGCUUCAUGGCGUGGUACCAGAUGUUCGAGUACGCCAUCGGCCAUUGGCUGCAGAAGGCGACUGAACACAUGAUCGGCUGCGUACUCUGUAGUCCCGGAUGCUUCUCCCUCUUCAGAGGAAAGGCUUUGAUGGAUGACAACGUGAUGAGAAAAUAUACGUUAACCUCACAUGAAGCUCGGCAUUACGUGCAAUACGAUCAAGGAGAAGAUCGUUGGCUUUGCACCCUACUUCUUCAACGUGGUUACAGGGUGGAGUAUUCCGCCGCAUCUGACGCCUACACACAUUGUCCUGAGAGGUUCGACGAGUUCUACAAUCAGCGCCGUCGCUGGGUGCCAUCCACCAUGGCCAAUAUCCUGGAUCUUCUUGUUGACUACAAACACACUGUGAAAGUCAACGAUAGUAUUUCUACUUUGUAUAUUAUGUAUCAGAUAUUCCUCAUGGUAGGCACGGUGCUGGGCCCCGGCACCAUUUUCCUGAUGAUGGUGGGCGCUAUGAAUGCGAUCACCGGCAUAAGCAAUAUUGACGCCCUCAUUUUAAACCUCAUACCCAUCGCCAUCUACAUCACAGUCUGCAUGACAUGCAAGUCAAAUGUACAGAUUUUCCUGGCUAACGCAAUAACGUGCGCAUACGCAAUGGUAAUGAUGCUUGUAAUCGUAGGCAUAGCUCUACAGAUAACAGAAGACGGCUGGCUAGCGCCAUCUAGUAUCUUCACCGUGGUAACUUUUGCCUCUUUCUUCUUGACGGCAGUCAUGCACCCUCAAGAAAUAAUAUGCCUAUUGUACUUGGGAGUGUACUACAUAACCAUUCCAAGCAUGUACAUGUUGCUGAUCAUUUAUUCUCUGUGCAACUUGAACAAUGUUACUUGGGGUACCAGGGAAAUUGCCCAAAAGAAAUCUGCUAAGGAAUUGGAAAUGGAAAAGAAGGAAGUCGAAGAAGCUAAGAAGAAGAUGGAUAGUAACGCUGUUAUGAAAUGGCUCGGGAAGUCUGAAGAGGAGAGCGGGUCCAUAGAGUGUGGUGUUUCGGGGCUGUUCCGUUGUAUGUGCUGCACUAACCCCAAAGACCACAAAGAAGACUUGCAUUUACUUCAAAUUAGCACCGCCAUUGAGAAGAUGGAGAGGAAAUUGGAUUCUCUUGGAGCAACUAGCGAGCCUGUAGAAGCACCUCGACGGCGGUCGUCGAUAGGGCUUCGGCGAGAGUCCGCCAGGAGGGAGUCGAUGGGGAUGCGCCGCGAGUCGCUUAAUAUUCUACAGGAGUACGCUGAUAGCGAUGACUCUACCGAUAUACCCAAGGAAGAAAGAGAUGAUUUAGUCAAUCCAUAUUGGAUUGAAGACCCUGGACUACAGAAAGGAGAAGUUGAUUUCCUGUUGACAGCCGAAAUUGAGUUCUGGAAGGAUUUGAUCGACACGUACUUGAGACCUAUUGAAGAAAAUAAAGAAGAACAGGAACGCAUCAAAACCGACUUGAAAAACUUGCGCAACACCAUGGUGUUCGCGUUCAUAAUGCUAAACUCCCUGUUUGUGCUCACAAUAUUCCUGCUGCAACUCAAUCAAGACCAACUCCACAUCCGCUGGCCGCUGGGAGAGUCGGUGGUUAUUACUUAUGAUGAUGAUAUGAAUAUUGUUAAUCUGAACCGAGAGUACCUAAUGUUGGAGCCGAUCGGGUCUUUAUUCCUCAUAUUCUUCGGGUCGGUGAUGGUGAUCCAAUUCACCGCCAUGUUGUUCCACCGGCUCGGAACCCUCACGCAUCUGCUGGCGACCGUUCAGCUCAAUUGGUUCUUCACUAAGAGGCCCGAAGAUACAACAGAUCACGCGAAGAUCGAGCGCGAAGCCAUUAUCUUGGCGAAGAACAUGCAAAAGGUGGACAUGAGUGAUUUGGACGGAAGAAUUGACGACGACAAGGAUGUGACCCGGAGGAAAACUUUACAUGCUCUAGACAAGGCCAGAGUCACGAAGAGCAACGUGUUCAAUUUAGACGAAAACUUUAAGAGGCGCAUGACCAUAUUGGAAAACGCUGAUCCGAAAGUGUUAUCGGGUCUCCCGUGGCUGGGCGGCGACGUGGCGGCGCGCCGCGCCACGCUGCGCGCGCUGCAGACGCGGCGCGACUCGCUGGCCGACAAGCGCCGCUCCGCGCUGCCCGCCCGGCCCUCCGGCGACGACUUCCUGUACGGAGUGCCCGGCACUUCCGGAAUCCGGCCUAGACGGGAUACAGCGGCGAGCGUGUACGUGAACAACGCGUAUGAACCCGCCCUCGACAGCGACGAAGACGAAGCACCGAGGCAAAGCAUUGUGCGCUUUAGAGAAAAUUACGCCUAAUAUUCGUAUUAAAGAUUGCCUAUGAAUUAAUGGCAAUCAUCUCAGCCGAGAAGUCCACUGUCGGAUAGGUAAAGGAUAUUUCUAAACAUUUACACCUCGACCAGUCGGAAACAGCACGAAUCCAGCGUUUCUCGCUGGAUUCGGGGUUCCUAGAGAAUCGACUAUUCAAAUAUGU